AUGUUACUCAAUCAUAAAUCUAGAUUCCUCGAAUCUUCUUUAUUGCUUCUAAUAUUAACCAAAUCUUCCAUAUCAGCUUCGUGGGCUUUAUCAGGUUGUUAUCCAUCAUCAGAUGUAUCAGCUAUAUCUUAUAAUAAUGAUUAUACUUUCCAAAGUUCAGGAUAUUGUGAACAACAGUGUCCCAAUUCAAGAAUAGCAGCAUUGAUUGGAGGUAAGAAUUGUUAUUGUGGUAAUGAUGCUCCUGAUAUUAGCAAUCAAGUUGAUCAAUCUCUGAAUUGUAAUAUUCCAUGUCAAGGAUAUCCAUAUGAAAAUUGUGGUGGUAAUGGUUAUUAUAUGGUUUAUGUUAAUGCUGAUGUCCAAGAUUCUCCCGAAUCAAGUUCCACAACUUCAACCACAUCAACUUCAACAUCAACUACUUCAACUUCAACAACUUCAACUUCAACUACUUCAUCACCAACCACUUCUACUACUAAUACAAACACAAAUACAAAUACAGGUUCAACUACCAGUCAAAAUAAAAUAACCCUCUUCUCAACCGUUACUACAGAUCCAUCAGGAAGUCCAAUCGAAUCAAUUGUUUAUAAAACCAUCACUGCUGAUCCAUCAUCAUCUCCAGAUUCAAAUUCAUCUCCAUCAAGUACUUCCUCCACCCCAACAUCUUCGUCAUCUUCAAGUCCAUCUCCAUCCUCAUCCCAUUCAGGAUCUGCAUCACAUGGUGGAAGUAAAUUAUCUGCUGGUGGUAUUGCUGGUGCUGCUGUUGGUGGAGCCAUCGGAUUAGGAUUACUUAUCGGUGGUUUAAUCUUUUUCCUUUGGAGAAGAAGAAGAAAUAAUGAUGAUGAUGAUUAUGAAGAUGAUGAAUAUACAUUAUCUGGAGCUCAUAUGAAUGAAAAGGCUGGUGGUUUAGAACCUCCUCCUCCACCUAUGAUUGGUCCAAAUCCAUUCUUAUUAUCAGCCGGUUAUAAUCAUUUUGAUACUUCUCAACAACAACAACAACAACAACAAGGUCAAGAUCAAAAUCAAAAUCAUCAACAUAAUUAUUCAUCCCUGUCUGGUACUCAAUCAGAAGAUCAUGAUUCAUAUCAAGGAUUCGCUAUUAUAAAUAAUGGUGGAAGUGGUCAACAUAGUAGAUCAGGUUCAAAAAUAAUUAAUCAUAGCAAUGAUCCAUCAUUAAAUUCAACUAUUGCCGGUAUGGGAUCUCCAGUAUUAGGAGAUGAAAAUAAUCAAAUCCAACAUCAAUUCCAACAACCGGAAUAUGGUAGAAGAAGAUUAAGUAAUGGAUCUUUACCAGAUAUGAUUGCCAGACAACCAGGAUCAUUAAAAGUGGUCAAUAAUUAG